AUGGAUUCAAACAAGAGCACCAGCGGCGAUGAGUCCGCCGUUGUCGUAACUCCCGCAGACACUGAACCUCAAAAAGAGGAAACCACAACAGAGACAAAGCUUGAGUCUUCAUCACAAGACUCAAAGGAGGAGUCCAAGACCGAAGAGUCCAAGUCUGAAGAGGACAAGGACAAGACAGAAGACGAAGAAAAGAAGGAGAAAAUCAUGGUCGGCCUCGUCACAGACAAGAAAGACCUCUACGCAAAAUACGACAAGCACGGCGAUCGUUCAUGGACAGAUAAAUACCCCGACGAUCUCGAAGAAGCAGCAGAGAACGAGGAGACUCAAAAAUACGCAGUCAUCAUCCGAAAGGUGAAGCCAAAGGAGGCUGACUCCAACAAACCUCUUGUCAUCGACAGUAUCAUCGUUCAAUCUCCUUACCUCAAGCGUGUAUUGGGCAAGGUCUUUGAUGAUUAUCCUGGUAUCGUCACUGAUGUCACUCGCCUCAAGUUCUCGGCUCCCUUCCACUGCUUUGUGCAUCGCUGGGAAAGACUCACUGCUGCCAAGGAGGAUGAGAAGUGGGAUGAGAUCACCCGUGAGCAUGUUGCCCUUUUGCAUAAGAUUUUGGAGGAGGAGUUGGGUGAGAUCAUCCAGCUCAGACAGGAUUACUACAAGAACCGUGCUGUUGCUUUUGAGCAUGUAUGGGCGUUGUUUGCUCCUGGAUGUACCGUCUGGGGUUCUUCCAGAGGCAAACCUGUCGCUGCUCGCUUCGAAUAUGGAAACUAUGUCAAGACGCGUUGUGGUAUGGUCUACAGCCUGAACUGUAAGGGCAUCGAUUGGGACGGAAAGGGCAUGGGCUGGGUUGAUGUCCCCAUGCAGAUUGGAGAUUUCAUCGGCACAGUACCCUUCUCUACUCUUUCUUGUUACCCUCUCGAGUACCAUCCCAAGCCUGAGGCCGCGCGACAGCUGCUCAUCGAGCGCGGUCGCAAGUUUCAGAGUCUUGCGGGAUACUACUACAAGGCGUACAGUGGCACUGCUACGUGGUAUGUCACGGCUGAAAAGUCCCGCCAGGAGACGGUCAACUCACGCGUUGUCGUCGAUGGAGCAAACUGGGAGAAGAUGAACCCUGAGCAUCUGAUCUACAUGAAUUAUCUCGGCCAUGACGAUAAGGACUCGGACAAGGAUGCGGAUAGCGAUGAUGAGGACAACAACGAUGACUACGACAUUUACGCCGACUCUGAUGCUGGAAAGCCAGAGGUCGACCCCGAGAACCGUAUCAAGUUGACAGAAGAGGAGCUUCUAAUGGCAUCGCCCAUUGUUCGAGGUUACGCUCUCAAGAAUAAGCGAUGGAUGGAAUUCUUCAUCGACGACGUAACAGACGUCAAGUUCAACGACAAGGCCUUCGACUCACUCGUGCUCCCUGAGGAUCAGAAGGAGCUUAUCCUCGCUUAUGCCCAGAGUCAGGUCAAGUUCAAGGAUGUCUUUGACGAUGUUAUCUCUGGUAAGGGCAAGGGUAUCAUCAUGCUUUUGUCCGGUGGUCCCGGUAUCGGUAAGACUCUCACUGCAGAGUCUGUCGCCGAGGAGAUGAAGGUUCCUCUGUAUAUCAUGAGCGCUGGUGAUUUGGGUGCUGAUGCGUACGAUAUUGAGGAGAACUUGACUCGCAUUCUCGAAAUGGUGGCUAACUGGAAUGCUGUCCUCCUUCUCGAUGAAUGCGAUGUCUUCCUCGAGGCUCGAUCAGCUCAUGAUAUCCAGCGCAACCGCAUCGUAUCCAUUUUCCUCCGUACACUGGAAUACUACGAGGGAAUUCUCUUCCUCACGACCAACCGCGUCAAGGACAUGGACCAAGCAUUCCAAAGCCGAAUCCACAUGUCACUCGAGUAUCCUCCCCUCGACGCCACAGCUCGGGAGUCUGUCUGGCGAGGAUUCCUCAGCCGUGCUGUUACUGUGCAUGCUACCGCGGAUGGUGAUGCUGCGCAUACCAUCACAGACGAGGAGAUCAAGAAGCUUGCUGGACUUGAUCUGAAUGGUCGACAGAUUAAGAAUGUGCUCAAGACGGCGAAUCUGUUGGCUUGUUCUAAGGAGGAGAAGGUAUCAUUUAAGCAUUUGAGAACUGUUCUGCGGGUUGAGGGACAUUCUUUGUAA